AUGCAAUUUCUCUUUUCGACCCUGAGCUUGUUUAUCACUUCAGCUUGCGCUGCGAGCCUGACUCAAGUCUCCGACUUUGGAGAUAACCCCGGAAAUGACGAGAUGUAUAUCUACGUACCCGACAGUCUCGCCUCUGAACCUGCAGUCAUACUUGCACUGCAUCCUUGUGGCGGGGAUGGGCCGAGUUACUUUGAAAUGUUCGACUUCCACACCCCGGCGGAUCAGGGGGGCUUCAUCCUGCUCUACCCCAGUGCACCGCACGACAACAACUGCUGGGAUGUGGCGACAACAGAGACACUCACGCAUAACGGGGGCAGUGAUUCGCUCUCUCUGGUGAAUAUGGUGAAAUAUGCUCUGACCCAAUACAACGGGGAUCCCAGCCAGGUCUAUGUCACCGGCUCCUCCUCCGGCGCCAUGAUGACCAACGUCCUGGUGGCAACAUACCCUGAUGUUUUCGUCGCUGCGGCAGCGUUCUCUGGUGUUCCCUACGGAUGUCUUGCAGGAUCGCCCGGUUCGAGCCCCACGACCGCAGACCCAUCUUGCGCGAACGGGCUGAUCACCAAGUCUGGCGCGGAAUGGGCAGCAAUGGUUAAAAAUGCGUAUCCUGGAUACAAUGGGACGUAUCCAAGGACACAGAUCUGGCAUGGAGAAGCGGAUACAUUUGUGAGCUACCACGAUUUUGGCGAGGAGUUGAAGGAGUGGUCGACGGUCUUCGGCCUUUCCAACACUGUCAACAAUACAAAUACCCCUCUGUCUGGGUACACGCAGAUUGUUUACGGUGACGGCAGCCAACUGGUGGGAUACUCCGCUGCUGGGGUUGGACAUUUCGUGCCUACGGACGUGAAUACUGUGCUCGGUUGGUUUGGACUUUCUUAG